AUGGAAAAGUCUUCGUACACAUUCUUAGACCCUUCGUGCUAUGUCACUCCAAUCAAGAGGCAGCUUGUUAUCGCCUCAGGAUAUUUUCCAGGAGACGCCAUCAGCCCACCACCGGAGGAAGUACAACGCCUCAUCGAAUGGUGCCGCAUGGAGAAGAAACAACUGAUUCUGGGCUGCGAUGCGAACGCACCCCACAAAGUAUGGGGCAGCACAGAUAUAAAUCAUAGAGGUGAGGAUUUGCUUGAUUUUCUAUUUUCUACUAACAUAGAGAUAGUAAAUGUGGGUAAUAGUCCAAUCUUCAUGAAUGCGAUCAGAAGGGAAGUAAUUGACCUUACACUGGCGACCCCUUUUAGUGCGGGGAUGGUCAAGAACUGGAGGGUCUCAGAAGAGCCAUCCAUGUCAGACUAUAUGGCAAUAGAAUUCAACGUUGAAGCAACUUCUUCAGCUGAUGUUGAGUGCAGGAUACCCAGGAAGACAGACUGGGAACUUUACAUAGCCCACAUAAUUUCUGAUCUGAAGGGCCUGAAAUACAACAUCAGCUCCAAUGAGGAUCUGGAGAACGCCUCUGCUCACUUCACAUCAUGUCUGAAGAGGGCAUUUGAAAACAGUUGUCCACUCAGGAAGAAAACGAUAUCCAGAGACGUCCCCUGGUGGAACAAUCAUUAUGAAAACCUCAAGAAAACUGCUAGAAAAGCCUUCAAUAAGGCUAAGCGAGAAGGCAGCUGGAAUGCCUAUAGACUAGCCCUGACCAACUACAACAAAGAGGUCAGGAAAGCCAAAAGGCAGUCCUGGAGAAGCUUCUGUGAGGGAAUAGAUAAAACAGCCCAGCAGCUAGACUUCAAAAGGUACUAUCUAAGGAUCACUCUAACCCAAUUGGCCAAAUAA